AUGGACGCUCAGAACAAGACUGCCGGUGGUAACGCCGCUUUCCACAACUUCGUGAACGACUUCGCUCACAUUGAGGACCCCAAUGAGCGACGACGACUCGCGCUGGAGAAGAUUGACUCCGCUUCUUUCGGAUGGUACCACAUCCGAGCCAUCAUGGUUGCCGGUAUCGGUUUCAUGACAGACUCUUACGAUAUCUUCGCCAUCAACCUGGGUAUCACCAUGAUGUCCUACGUUUACUGGGGCCAGGGAACUGGCCACGAUGGUCACAUUCCCGAUUCCACCAACACCCUGCUCAAGGUCUCCACUUCUGUCGGUACCGUCAUCGGUCAGCUUGGUUUCGGUAUUCUUGCUGAUGUUGUCGGCCGAAAGAAGAUCUACGGUGUUGAGCUGAUUCUCAUGAUCGGUGCUACCAUUGCUCAGUGUAUGACUGGCCACUCUCAGGCCAUCUCCUUCGUUGCCGUCCUCACCUUCUGGCGAAUUGUCAUGGGUAUCGGUAUCGGAGGUGACUAUCCUCUGUCUUCCAUUAUCACUUCUGAGUUCGCUACCACCAAGUGGCGAGGAGCCAUGAUGGGUGCUGUCUUCGCCAACCAGGGCUGGGGCCAGCUCAUGGGCUCCAUCGUCGCCAUCUGUUGUGUUGCUGGCUUCAAGAACUCUCUUGAGCCCUACCACGGCGCCAACGACUGUGGCUUUGACUGUCAGCAGGCUCUCGAUAAGUCUUGGCGAAUCCUUGUCGGAUGGGGUUGUGUCCCCGCCAUGUGCGCUCUGUACUUCCGACUGACCAUUCCCGAGACCCCCCGAUACACCUUUGACGUUUCUCGAGACAUUGAGAAGGCUCAGGCUGACAUUGACAAGUACACUUCUGGCGAGCACGGAAACGCCUCCCCCGAGGAGAUUGAGGCUCUCAAGGCCCAGGCUGAGGAGCUCCAGACCCAGCAGAACGCUUACAACCCCCCCGUUGCCUCUGCCGGCGACUUCUUCCGACAUUUCUCCCAGUGGAAGCACGGAAAGAUUCUGCUUGGUACUGCCGGUUCUUGGUUCCUGCUCGAUGUUGCCUUCUACGGACUGGGUCUUAACAACUCCACCAUUCUGCACACCAUUGGUUUCGAUAAGGGUGACAACCUGUACUCCACCCUCAUGAAGAACUCCGUCGGUAACCUGAUUCUUAUCUGUGCCGGUGCCAUCCCCGGAUACUGGCUCUCUGUUGUCACCGUCGACUUCAUUGGCCGAAAGCCCAUCCAGAUUGGAGGUUUCACCAUCCUGACUGCUCUCUUCUGUAUUAUUGGUUUCGGUUACGACAAGAUUGGAGAGGGAGGUCUGCUCGCCUGUUACAUUCUGUGUCAGCUCUUUGAGAACUUUGGUCCCAACGUGACCACCUUCAUUGUCCCCGGAGAGUGCUACCCCACCCGAUACCGAUCUUCCGCUCACGGUAUCUCUGCUGCUUCCGGUAAGGUCGGUGCCAUCAUUGCCCAGGUCGUUAUUGGUACUCUGGUCAACCACAACUGUGACCGAGACGGAAAGCCCAAGGGAUGUUGGCUCAACCACGUCAUGGAGAUCUUCGCCCUCUUCAUGCUGCUCGGUAUCGGUACUUCUUUCCUGAUUCCCGAGACCAAGCGACGAACCCUUGAGGAUCUUGCUGAGGAGCUGCACGGUGAGGUCCAGUGGCGACCCCCUGUGGAGGACCAGGCUGAGGAUGUCUCCGACUUCAACGACAACGAGAAGUCUGUCUAA